CAGCUGGUGGCCGUGAUGAAGGCCUGUUUGGUGCCAGGGGUGGCCCUCUGCCUCCUGCUGGGACCUCUGGCGGGGGCCAAGCCGGUGCAGGAGGAGGGAGGCCCCUAUGCCGAGCCGCCCGCCAUGCCCUACUGGCCUUUCUCCACCUCCGACUUCUGGAACUACGUGCAGUACUUCCAGGCCCUGGGGGCCUACCCGCAGGUUGAGGACCUGGCACGCACCUUCUUUGCUCACUUCCCCCUGGGGACCACCCUGGGGUUCCAUGUCCCCUAUCAGCAGGACUGAGCCCGCCUGGCUCCCCGGCCUCAUGCUCAAUA